AUGUCCAAUGGCGGCGCGGGCAAGAUCCAGAGCUCCAAGAAGGCCCAUCCUACCUUUCACUUCUUUGCCGGCUUGACGUCUGGCGUGUCCAGCGCCGUGCUUCUGCAACCGGCGGACUUGCUCAAGACUCGAGUGCAGCAAUCUCAUUCCUCCUCUCUCGUACCCGUCCUACGAUCGAUCCUUUCCGGUCCACAUCCCAUAGCCAGCCUCUGGAGAGGCACUCUCCCCUCAGCACUACGCACCGGCUUCGGCUCCGCCCUCUACUUUACCUCGCUCAGCUCGCUGCGGCAACUUCUCGCGAACAAGACCGCGGCGACGACGUUCGGGAACAGGGAAGCAGCGAUCUCGACGGGCAAGGGUAGUUCCGUGCUGCCCAAGCUGUCGAAUACGCAAAAUCUCAUCACAGGGGCGACAGCGCGAGUGUUCGCGGGCUUCAUACUCAUGCCGGUGACGGUGAUCAAAGUGCGUUACGAGUCGGAUUUGUACGCGUACAAGUCCAUCGCCUCGGCAUCCCGCUCCAUCUAUGCGUCGGAGGGCUUGAAGGGAUUCUUCUCGGGAUUCGGUGCCACGGCAGUUCGCGAUGCACCGUAUGCGGGGCUUUACGUGCUAUUCUACGAGCAGUGCAAAACACGUCUGAACAAGAUGUUCGCAGGGGAGCAGACGACUGCGCUCGAUGGGAUAGAAGGGCGGCCUUCCAUUGCGAGUUCGGCGACCAUCAACGCCUCGAGCGGUGUUUUGGCAGCGGGGUUGGCGACUGGCAUCACUAAUCCGUUUGACGCGGUCAAGACGAGGUUGCAGCUCAUGCCGCAGAAGUAUGGCAACACCUUGAAAGCCACGCGGCUGAUGCUCAAGGGGGAUGGCGUCAAGGCAUUCUUCGACGGAUUGGGCCUGAGGAUGGGGAGAAAGGCGCUGAGUUCGGCCCUGGCAUGGACAGUGUAUGAGGAACUCAUUGGCAGAGCUGAGCGAGUUGUCGCAAGGCGCGAGGAGGAGAGAGCAAUCGUGUGA